UUGUGUUUUGGAAUAUUGAUAAAAGAAAAAUGGGGAAGAACAAGUGUAGUAUUUUACAAGGAUUGAAGCCAGCAAUGGCUAUGGUGGUGGUUCAAGCAACAUUUGCUGGAAUGAAUGUGCUGUAUAAAUUGGCUGCUAAUGAUGGAAUGAGUUUGAAGAUUAUCACUGCCUACAGAUUCUUAUUUGCAGUUCCUGUUAUGCUUCCUCUUGCUCUUCUCUUCGAAAGAAAUAGGCCGAAACUCAGUUGGACCAUACUCUUCCAGGCAUUUCUUUGUGGAUUAUUUGGGGGAUCACUAUCUCAGAAUCUAUACAUUGCAAGCCUAGCUCUAACUUCUGCAACAUUUGUUUCUGCCAUCACUAAUCUCAUGCCAGUCACUACCCUCAUUUUUGCCGUCCUUUUAGGACUGGAAAAGCUAGCAUUUGGAACAAUGGCAGGGAAGGCAAAAGUAUUUGGAACAUUAACAGGAAUAGGAGGUGCAAUGCUUCUCACAUUCUACAAAGGAGUUGAAGUUAACGUUUGGCCUACACAUUUGGAGCUUCUAAAUCAUGGUCCACCUGCAUCACACCCUGCUGCCUCAUCCAAAUCUCUUUUGGGUCUUUUGCUAGCUUUUGCCUGCUGCAUCUCUUACACCUUCUGGUUGCUCAUUCAGGCUAAGAUGAGUAAAAAUUACCCAUGUCCUUACUCAAGCACGGCUUUGAUGUGCAUAAUGGGAGCCAUGCAAUCAGUUGGUUAUGCGCUUUGCUUGGAAAGAGAUUGGAGCCAGUGGAAACUAGGUUUCAAUAUUAGGCUUCUCACUGUUGCUUACGCGGGAAUUGCUGUGUCGGGAUUGACUUGUACCAUUGUAAUUUGGUGUGUGCGCCUCAAAGGCCCUCUCUACGGUUCCAUUUUUAACCCUCUAAUGCUUGUUUUAGUCGCUUUGGCUGAGUCGUUGCUUUUAGAUGCAAAGCUUUACCUGGGAAGCAUACUUGGAGCAGUAUUCAUAGUGCUGGGGCUGUAUAUUGUGCUUUGGGGUAAAGGCAAGGAGAUGAAGGAUCAAUUAUCAGCAUCAAGAAAUGAAGUGCCACCAUCAACGAUAAGCUCCCUGCAGGAAGAACCUGUUGACAUCAUUGUCGACUCUACGGAUGAUAACAUUUGUAUUAACAGCCAAACGAAUGUAGUAGCCCCCAAGGCUUCACCGAUUAAUCAUCGACAAGAUGAAGGAUAGGAAAAGUAACAGGUGAUAGGAGCACCAGAAAAAAAAGGAACUUGAAUUUGGUUAAUAUUCAGUGAACUAAACCAUAGACUACAUUCGUGGUAGUACCAAAUAGUUAGCUGGCUACCUUAGUGCAUGAAAUGCCAUAAGCUUGUGACUAAUGCGGAGUCGAUUGCAAAUUAAUUAAUAAGUGUAGUGGUUAAUUCUAUAAAACAA